AUGGAAUCAGCGCAAACGAAGGAGCAGAUCCUUUCUGGCUGCCUUCUUCCUCCAUGUGUGUACCCGCGAGUUCUCGAUCGCGGCGACCCUAUUGCACCCACUGCCUCUGAGUCGCGACAGAGCCAGCAGAAAAUGCCACGUCUCUCCCUAUCCCAGGUGUGGGAUAUUCUAGGCCCAUUUCAGAUCGGUACUCGAGAGGCCACUUGGGGGUUGGAUCCUCUUGAAACGCAAGGAGGAUUUCGGGCCCUGAGGUAUGAUCCGGAGGAAACGUUUCCCAGCGCUAUCGGCAAAGGAGGCCUGUGCCAUUGGAGCAAGAGUCACGCGAAAGAACUAGUUGCUUCAGAUGAAUGCACGAAAGCAACGCUUGAUCUGGAGUUUCCCAAGAUCGACUGGUCGUUCAUUCGCUCUGUAUAUGGAUGGUCCGGCCUGCAACACCAAGCCUGGGCGCGAGGCAUUCUUACCGUCUCCGGCCCGGACCCAGUUACCGCCGCUGUUUAUGGAGACGGUGUCAUUGAACUUCGGAUAGACGGAGAGCUCUACUUUGGUGGAGAUUUUUAUUCGUACCGGCGAGCGCCGUUGAUCCUCGAACUUAGCCAAGGCGACCAUACAAUUGAGCUUCGCCUUGUCUACGAUAUCAGGUCACAAGGCGAGAGUGACGUGCCGCAGAUAAAAGUAACCCUUGAGUGCACGUCGAUUCCACAGAGAUUGAAUGUUUUUCCAGAUAGUUUCCUGAUUGCAGAUGUUGUUGACGGAAAGCUUGCGAGCCCAUAUGGAAGUUCAUCUGGCCCUGUCGUGACAAUACUUCACGGCUUCAUCUCUAUUGCGCCGUGGCAAUCUCGACCGUUGGCGUUUGCGCUUGAUUUUGCCUCGCAAGUUCCUUCGCAACUCUCGUUUGAAAUUGGAUACAGCUUGGGCAUGAACGGCCAGAUAGAGACAACCAGAGUCGUACCAAAUCUCAAACAUCGGAAGAUUUCUGAUGCGCAGAAAUUCACCUUUCUUCAUCCUAGCGGUAUUGUGUCUUAUGCGGUUUUGCGGCCUCCUCCCGACACCAGUUGCCGCAACGCUCAAAGGGGAAGUCUUCCUCUGCUGAUUGCGCUUCACGGAGCUGGAAAUGAAGCGGACAGUGAUCAGAUUCGGCAUAUGCUAGAUGGUGUAUAUGGCCGUCGUGCAUGGAUAUUGUUUCCAACGGGAGUAACGCCUUGGAGUGGCGAUGAUUGGCACACCUGGGGCUUCGCCGACGUCCAAGCAGCUGUUUCUGCUAUACCGAAUUGGAUAAGCUGCAUGUCAUGGAAUGGCCCCGGAGCCUCCCUCGAUGACUGGAUAGUCGCCGGCCAUUCGAAUGGAGGCCAAGGGGCUUGGUAUCUCUUAUCCCACCAACCCGACAAGGUGAUAGCCGCAGCCCCCGUUUCAGGAUAUACAUCCAUUGAAAACUAUGUGCCGUUUAAUAUGUGGCGUAAUAUGGAAGCUUCCCUAGCAGCAGUCCUGGAGUUUGCUAGGCGGCCUUUUAAGCAUGAGCUUCUGACCGAAAACUUUUCAGGAAUCCCAAUACUUCAACAACACGGAGCUAACGAUGAUAACGUACCUGUAUAUCACUCUCGACUUAUGCACCAGUUGAGCUGGGAGGGUGGGUUCACCACAGAGUACCAUGAAAUACCUGGGGCUGGCCAUUGGUUUGAUGGGAUAAUGACGACACCUCCUCUUUCUGAUUUCUAUCUCCGUCACACUGAGGGUGCCUCGCCCCCUCGCCUACCAGAACAAUUUUCCAUGGUCAUUCCAUCGUCACCAGAUAUGGGUUCCAGAGGAGGCAUCCUUGUGGAUCAACUUUGCUCUCCAGAUAGAUUCGGGCACAUGCGUGUUUUCCGCGAUAUGAAGCAACAUCUAUGGCGUGUUAAAACCGGCAACAUACGUCGUUUUCACAUUAUUUCACUGGAAACUUGUUGCCCCCGCCCAGAGAAAAUUCUUGUUGAUGGUUCGGAACUGCCUUUCAUACUAUCACCCUCUGAGACGACCACUACUUGGUAUACUCGAGACGGUUCCGGCAGCUGGACAGUAUCUUCAGACAACAAUUGGCGCAACAUAUCAGAACGGUAUGGGCGACAAGUAGGAACCCUAGACAGCAUCCUUAGGACUAGAGGCUCUCUAAUUAUCUAUUCGAACUCUCCGGGAGGCAAUAAAAUUGCGCUACAGAUUUCCCGCAAUUUAUUCCAGUAUUUUGCUGCCGACUGUAGUUUGAACACUACAGUGUCUCCUUGCUACGAUAUCCCUGCUUCAUCUGGCAAUAUUAUUUCUGUCACGACUGGCAACCAAGUUCCAAACGGAAGUCUUCCUCUAUUUCCAAUUUCCAUAGGAGACGAUUGUUUGAAAUUCAGCCAGCCAGAUGGCUCAAUUAUAGCAAGACUUGAAUUUGAACCUAGUCUUGGCGCAGUAUUUCUCCGACCCCUGAAAGACGAACGACUGGAGCUCGUAGUCUGGGGUGCCGACCUAGACGGACUCCAGCUUGCAGCUCGCCUAGUUCCAACGCUGACCGGUGUAGGUCAGCCUGAUUUUGUCGUUCUCGGCAUUUCUUCUCGCUGGAAAGGUGCUGGGGGCGUUUAUGCGGCGGGUUUCUUUGAUCACUCUUGGCAGAUUUCACGAGGGUCCUAUCUACCUUAA